UCUCAUCUCCCCCUCGCUUUUCCUCUCAUCAACGACAAGACGACGCGGAGGCGACAGCGAGCCGGGGCGGAGCUGCGCCGCCGCCGCCUCGAUGACGACCACCUCUACGUCGCCGCCGUCGUCUACCUCGCCCACGUCGAGCCGAACCGCGAGGGGAGGACGGGAGCACGCCGCCACUUCGCCAACCCCGAGCCUGCGAGGACUUCAGCUUCGCCGCGACGGUUACACAGCACUGGAUUACAAGCCGCAGGCAGUUGAUUCCGGGGGAGCUUCUGAGGACCAUGUCUCAAAUCGCUGGUAUUUUGUUUCCAUCGGCAGUCCAUAGGCAGUUCUUGUUGUGGGUGGUGUUGCUCACAGUCCUUCUAUCAGCAUCUACUGCCUAUUCAGCUAAGAAUCCUCCAAAACAAGAGGGACAAUGUCGAUACGACUUGACAAGCAUAGCUGCUCUGUCAUGCAUGCAAAAAGAUGCUGUAAGGAGGCCACCCUCACAUGCAUGCUGCAAAGCAUUACUGUAUGCUGUUGAUCAGGUUCCAGUUGAGGAUGUGAGUGGAGCUUGUUGCCUGUGCCGCUACAUGAAGGAAAAGGUGCUAGCCGCUGGACUGGCUACUGCAUAUAUCCUGUGCAAUGGGAAGGACAGUCGCAUCGUCGCCAAAUGGUCAUCGUUUCCCAUCACAAGAUGUUUAGAUGACUGCGGGCAGGGAAACAGUACAAGCAGUCAAGCACACGGCACGGGCAACCGAGAAGCGCACGUUUCUGGCAUGGUCAUCUGGGUAACUGUUGCAGUACUCAUUGUGAUAGGGGUCAUUUGCUUCUGGUAUUUUCGGAGGUUCAAGGCGGCAGGGAAUGCAAUUCAACCCCGAGCUGGGCGCCGACGACGAUCUGUUGGCCCUUCAUCAGCAAAGCGCAAGGAGAAGAGGUCAAGUUCCUCAACUCUAGCACUAUUGAAGGAAGCUAAGAUUUCAUGCCAUGCUACCUUUGUGCAACAAGAGAGAUGUACCAUCUAAUCAAAGAUGGUCCUAUUGCUCGACAUUCAAUUAAUGUGCGAGAAGAAAUUACCUUUGAUCAAUUGCUGUUCAACAGGAUUGGUCUUGACUGUUGAAGGGACUCCGGACAAAGGAUGGUGGCUCGACGGGUAGCCGGCAGCGGCCAACAACCCUCUCUGAUCUCGUUUGAUUAACUAGGUGCAGUAAAACCUAAAUGUGGUCUUAUAUAAUGCUAGGCGGCAAUGCCUCUGCUGCGCGCCAAAGUGUCACGUUGAAAGGUAGUUUCCUGCGCAGAAGUCGAAAAAGUGAUGUCCAGAUCGUGGAUAUCGAAAACCUGUUCUGCUAAAAACGAGUCGAAGUUAUUUUUA